CUGAAAAACUAUUUGAUGUUUUAACUACUGAUAACAAUGAAAAUUCAUGAAAGAUUUCGUUACUUGGCAUAUUUUUGUGUAAUAAUAAAUCUACACACAGAUUUUAAAAAUGAGAUCACUUUCACGAUUGUGCAAAUUUGUUAAAAUACUAAAGCACACGAAAUGAGAAGGCUGAGAAUGUUUUUCUUAGUUCUCUUUGCUUUAAUUCAGCAGCAUUCUGUUGAAAGUUUUCCUCCAGAUAUCCAAAAUAUAGACGAAACAGAUAAUAGUCCACGGUAUAACAUCUUGAAAAAUUUAAAUGAAGAAGUUGAGGUAAAAGCAAACUCUUUAAAAGAAGGAAACCAUUCCAAAUUCUCAUAUUUAUCAAAAGAUUCAAACAACACGGAGAAUUUUAAAGAAAAUUAUAAUGAGUUUAAGGAUAAAUCUACGAUUGAUGACGUAACAGGACAAGAAUCAACCUAUUUACUUCGAAAAUCGAAUUUUUCAACCACCCCUGAACCAGACAUGGAAACGAACUCAACUGUAACUGAAAAUUAUAACAGUGAUGAUGGCAUCUCUGAUGAAUUAACUGAUAAUCAAAUGACAGCGUUAAGUGUUCAUAUAGAUAGUUGGUUUGGUGAUGAGGUAAAUGAUGUGAUAAUUCACGAUAAUGGGACUUCAUUUACAGUUAUGCCAAGUACAGUAUUUGUAACAGAGGAAAUACCAGAACUGGAAAACGAUAAUGAUGCCAGUAUCAUACCAAAUUCUUUUGAGAAUGAGAGUUAUAAUUCUGGUUCAGUAGUAAGUGAUGUAGGUUCUAUGAAACUUGAAAAAAGAAGCACAAAUAAAAGGUCCUUGAGAAAAAAACGCCCCAAAAGAGAUGAGGAAAGCCCAAUUGAUGAAAAAAAAUGUCGAGUUCCAAGGUUCAUGAAAUAUUCACAUCUGGAUUGCACAAUUUAUUCAUCUGAAGUAAAAUGUAAUCAAACAUGUGUAUAUGGAUACGUGUUCAAUAACCAUCCUGCAAGAAACAGAAUGCAGAAAUGCAACAGAAAAAAGGGGAAAUGGUCUCCUUCUAGAUCAUUCUCUGAUUGUGUGCCUGGAUACAACUGCAACGUCGAGCUGAAGCCUGGUGGUAAAAAAUAUUGCAAAUAUAAUUCUAUGAAACAUCGGCCAUGGUGUAAGAUAGCUUGUUCAUCAAGUCAAAAUGUUAAAAAGCAACAAAAGUAUAAAUGUUCACGAAACAGAAAGACCGGCAAACCAGAGUGGAAGCCAGCAUUGCCAUGGUGCGCAAAACCUGAAACAGGGACCUGAAGGAGAAGUUUAUUCUUUAGUCUAGAAAAUGGAAAAGCAUACUAGAAUUACGAAGAAAGGAUUCAAUCAAAAACUUUUUGUAUAAACUUUUUUGUAACAAUUAUU